AAACUGUAAUAAAAUGAAAGGAAAGGAAGAGGAGGAGACCGAGAAAGAAGAAAGUGGGACAGAAUAGAGAAACAGCAACACGUUGUGAAGAGGAGGCAAUUGCAUGUGCCCACAUGGCCUAUUGCAGCUUCAUUAGAACAACAAAAACAACAUCUUCAUCGCUAACUACACACUCUUCUUCUUCUUCUUCUUCCUUUAAAGAAUUUUCUUUUACCAUUUCUCUUGUUUUUUCUUUUUUCUUUCUUGUACAAUCAAGAACCGAGUAAAGAAUUGCAUACAGCAACACAGAAAGACAUAGAUAGAGACGAAGAAACAAUCUUUCUUUAGCAAAUAUGAAAGAAAACAGUGACGGGUUUGUGAGAGCAGAUCAGAUUGAUCUUAAAAGUUUAGAUGAGCAAUUAGAGAGACAUCUCAAUAAAGUACGGACUAUGGACAAGAACAAAAGAGCUGACAAUCAUCAUAAUAAUCUCAUCGCUCGACCACCUCUUGCUUUUUCCGCCGAUGACUCCGCCAUCUCCGCCACCACCACCGCCACCUUCACCAAGACUACUACCGCCUUGAAGAAGGAUAGGCAGGAGUGGGAGAUCGACCCUUCUAAGCUCAUAAUCAAGACUGUCAUUGCUCGUGGUACUUUUGGCACUGUUCACCGGGGAAUCUAUGACGGUCAGGAUGUUGCUGUUAAGCUGCUCGAUUGGGGUGAAGAGGGCCACAGGACAGAGGCUGAGAUUGCCACACUCAGGGCAGCUUUUACUCAAGAAGUUGUUGUUUGGCAUAAACUUGAUCAUCCUAAUGUAACUAAGUUUAUAGGGGCAACAAUGGGUUCAUCAGAGCUGCAGAUACAAACUGAAAAUGGCUACAUUGGCAUGCCGAGUAAUAUAUGCUGUGUUAUUGUGGAAUAUCUACCUGGAGGUGCCCUAAAAUCUUACCUUAUAAAGAACAGAAGAAAGAAGCUAGCUUUCAAGGUUGUUGUUGAGUUGGCACUUGAUCUUGCCAGAGGGUUAAGUUACCUUCAUUCCCAGAAGAUUGUUCACAGAGACGUAAAGACAGAAAACAUGCUAUUGGAUAAGACACGAACUGUAAAAAUUGCUGACUUUGGAGUUGCUCGAGUGGAAGCUUCAAAUCCUAAUGAUAUGACUGGGGAGACAGGAACACUUGGUUACAUGGCUCCUGAGGUUCUCAAUGGCAAUCCAUAUAAUAGGAAAUGCGAUGUGUACAGUUUUGGUAUCUGUUUAUGGGAGAUAUAUUGCUGUGACAUGCCAUAUCCUGACCUUAGUUUCUCGGAAGUGACAUCAGCUGUUGUCCGACAGAAUUUGAGACCAGAGAUACCAAGGUGUUGCCCAAGCUCUCUAGCAAAUGUAAUGAAGCGAUGCUGGGAUGCUAACCCUGAUAAGCGCCCUGAAAUGGAUGAGGUUGUCUCCAUGUUGGAAGCCAUUGACAUAUCAAAAGGUGGGGGUAUGAUUCCUGCUGAUCAACAGGGUGGUUGUCUCUGCUUUCGCAGGGUUCGAGGUCCCUAAAUGAUAUACUUUCUUUGGCCAGAAGAACAACUAGAAUAUGAUUGUUUUGAGCUUGGUAAUUGUAUUUGUAAAGGUAAAAGUUGAUUUGGAAUAUAACAUGGUGAAGCAUGGAUAAUGGUGGAUUCUAGGAUUGGCAGCUGCAUCGCAUCUCACUUUAUUGGAUGAUGUAAAGCUUUUUCUUUCCUUGCUCUUUUCUUCAUUAUUAUUUUUCUUUUUGGGGGGGUUUGGAGGUAUUGCUGUACCUGUACUUAUUUAGGUUGCCAGCAUGUUCAACUGGCACGACCACUUCCAUGUCCAAGUCUCCCUUUCUAUAUAUACGCUAUUCGUGAAUAUUAUUGAUAACAAAUAUUGAAGAUAAUUGAUGCUGUAUUACCAUUCACUUGGUGUA